UUAUUAUUCAAUUUUUUUUAAAUCUCAACUUGGAUUUUAAUACUAAGUAUUUAUGUAUUUAUAUACGUGUGUCUUCUAUCUUCAGAGACAUGUAAAUCUCUCUUUCUUUCUGUGCAAAUAUCACUUUCUUGCUCCUAGAACAAAUCUUCUUCUUAUUCCUCUGAGCUUCUCCCAGACACCAGCAAACAAACCAGCAGGGACAGAGAAGCACAAACUUAACAAUCUCAAAACUCACCAGAUAAAUUAUAAAAAUAUAAUUGAAAAAAAUGAGCUGCAAUGGUUGCCGUGUGCUCCGAAAAGGUUGCAGCGAGAAUUGUAUCCUCCGGCCAUGUAUUCAAUGGAUAGAAACCGCCGAUGCUCAAGGCCACGCCACCGUCUUCGUGGCUAAAUUCUUCGGCCGUGCCGGUCUCAUGUCCUUUAUCUCCGCCGUACCCGAAUCUCAGCGUCCCGCUUUGUUUCAGUCUUUGCUCUACGAAGCUUGUGGGAGAACAGUGAAUCCAGUCAACGGAGCAAUCGGAAUGCUGUGGACGGGAAACUGGAAAGUCUGCCAAGCUGCUGUUGAGACGGUGCUUCGCGGCGGUUCUUUGAGACCUAUCCCUGAGCUUCUCACUCACGGCGGCGGGUUUCCAUCGGCUACAUCUGAAGAAGCAUCUGAGAUCUGCACGGAAAUGUUGAAGCUCCAGCAGAAUGAUGGUUCCAGCGAUCGUAACAUCUACCACCAUUCAAGAUUUUCAAGCUCUAGAUCAAGAUCUACGCUGGAUUCUUCUCCCAGGAAACGUAAGCUCGAAAUAUCACUAAACCCUAGUUUACCCAUGAAAGCAGUGCCUUCUUCCACACGGCAGCGAUCUAGAACACCGUCGAUGAACUCAGAGGAGUCAGUGACAACGACGACGACGUUUUGGGAUAACUUUGCAUCUGGUGCUCAACACGGAAACGGAGGAGGAGAAACAAGCAGGCUGCUUAACCUUUUUGUUUAAGGAAACGAUGUUUUCAAUUUUUUCUUUCUCUGGGUUACUUUAGGGUUCAGAAAUGUAUUUUUACACAUUUUCUCUCCCUUUUUCGUGGAUAACAAGUAUUUGGACCGAUAAAGAGAUUUUGUUCUCUCGGUUAAGCUUGUUAACAAAUGCUGAAACUUUGUUGAGUUAUAUUAUCUCUAUUUUGUUAUGACUAACACGAUAACAAAAUAGUAAUCACUGUUUGAGACAAUCUCGUAAUAAUGAACUACUUUACACUA